UAAGGGAAUGAACCCAAUGCUGCUCUCCUAUAUAAUGGGACUCAAAAAACACACCACCAACGUGACACUUCCAUUAAAUACUUUCAUUAAACCCAGCAUAAGUAACCUCUCGUUAUAUCCAUUCUCAUAACUCACUCCCUGGUCAAAAUUGUUGUUCUAUGGUAUUCGAAAAAAGAUUCAAGCUAGUCUCACGUUGUUUAUAGAGAACGACACUCAUUGUAAGUAUGAGUUACAUAGUGGAACAUUAAACAAGUUAUGACACAAUUCUUUCAUAUUUCAUGGUUGUUUUGAAAGAGAGACAAUGAACACUGAAGUGGAAAAUCAUGGUGGUUCAACCGAAACCCCAACUAUUGGGGAACCAAAGAAAGGUUGGAGAAAGGUAUUAGAAGGGAUAGGGAGUUGGUUGUCCUACAAAGACAAGGAGAAAUGGUUGGAUGAUAUGCGAGGGAACUUGGGCUUAAUAGCGACAGUCAUCGCAACAAUGACAUUUCAAAUGGUUUUAAAUCCGCCCGGUGGUGUUAUGUCGAUUAAAGAUGGCACAGAUCCACCCGGUACCAACGCAAAUCCACCCAGUACCAACGCAAAUCCACCAGAUGCCGACGAUUCUGACAAAAAUUGUACUUUUAUCUACGGCGAACGUCUAUGUCCGGGUGAAGCUGUCUUAGCCGUUGGGGACUCUUAUGGAUAUUUUCAGUUCCUUAUUUCCAACACAAUUUGUUUUGUUGCAUCACUAAGUAUUUGUCUCUUGCUUGUGAGUGGAAUUCCUUUAAAUCACAGGUUUCUUAUGUGGCUUUUAUCAAUAGGGAUGUGGGUCACUCUCACAAGCCUUGCUUAUUCUUAUUUAACAGCUGUGUUAAUGACCACCCCAAAUAGUGUUUAUGUUGAAGCUACAAAAGUUGUUAACAAGGUUUUUCUUACGUGGAUAGGAUUGUCAGGGUUUGUUGGUUUAUGCCAUACACUAAGGUUGGUUACUUGGGGAGUGAAUGUUUUCCUCAAAAGAAGUAAGAAGCCAGAGACUCCAAAAAGUACAAAGGAGACUCCGAUUUGCUAGUUUUUUAAAACUUCAUUAAUAUGAGUCUUUAUUUGGGACGUCUCGACUGUAUAAUAUUAUGUAUCAACUUGUCUUUAUUAUGUGAGAGUGCUUAGUGUGGUAUCCAUAUGGAUAAAAGUUAGGAAAAUGCUAAAGAGUGUCGUUAGGUUGUUAAUUAAGAGGAUAAAAAUAGAAAUAUUGUAUUAGAAAAUGAUGAAAAGUGAUGUAUAUAACUUUUUAAAAAUCAAAUAUUAUUAAAUCUGAUGCAAUCCUACUGCUUUCUAUUUCUUUAACAAAGUG